AUGGACUUUCUCAAGCCUGCGGAAGUGACCCCGAUCGCAACGUACCAUGUGAUGAACGCCGAUAGCUCAGUAGCAGAUCCUAGUCGAGGACAGCCUGAAGUCACCGACGAGCAGGUUCUUGAAUGGUACAAGAACAUGGUAACUGUGAAUAUUAUGGACAACAUCAUGUUCGAAGCCCAAAGACACGGCCGUCUCAGUUUCUACAUGGUCUCCGCUGGAGAAGAAGCCGUCAUGAUUGGCUCUGCAGCCGCAUUAGGCCCUAAAGAUGUGAUAACUUGCCAAUAUCGAGAGACCGGAGUCUUCCUGCAGCGUGGCUUCGAGCUGAAGGAUUUCAUGAGCCAAUUGACUGCUAACCACAAUGACCCUGGGAAGGGACGAAACAUGCCGGUGCAUUACAGUGGCAAGAACAAGGUCAACAUCCAUGCCGUUGCCUCUACCCUAGCUACACAGAUCCCUCAUGCGACCGGUGCUGCAUAUGCGCUAAAGAUGGACGCCCUAGAAAACCCUAACCAGCCUGGUAACAUAGCGGUGGCCUACUUCGGCGAGGGGGCCGCAAGUGAGGGAGACUUCCACGCAGCACUUAAUGUAGCUGCAGUGAGGGGGUGCCCUGUCAUUUUUGUUUGCCGCAAUAAUGGCUUCGCCAUUUCAACACCCACUACCGAACAGUAUAUCGGGGAUGGGAUUGCUGUUCGUGGCAUGAGCUACGGUAUUGAGUCUAUUCGAGUCGACGGAACCGAUAUCUUCGCUGUCUACGAAGCAACGAAAGAGGCUCGACGAAAGGCUCUGGAGGGUGGAGGGCGGCCUAUUCUCCUUGAACUCAUGAGCUACCGCGUCUCUCACCACAGCACUAGCGACGACAGCUUCGCGUACCGUAAUCGAAAUGAUGUUGAGGCUUGGAAGGCUCGCAACGAUCCACUUUCCCGGCUGAGGCUGUGGAUGGAGAAGAAGGAUCUCUGGGACGCCAAGAAAGAAAAGGAAUUUCGAACGAAAACCAGAGCUGCUAUUCUUCGGGAACUGGUUGCUGCCGAAAAAGAGAAAAAGCCGGCGCUUCGGGGCAUCUUUGAUGAUGUUUAUGCUGAGCUGACAGAGGAGGCAAAGGAACAGAAGGAGGAGCUACGGAGGCUGAUGAUGAAAUAUCCUGAAGAGUACGAUAUAAAUGACCAUGAAGAGGGAAUUCAAGGUCUUUAA